CUCUCACUUAAGUCGGUCUUGAAAUUUGUGUGAAUCAGAUUGAAGGUAGCUUCCCUAGCAGGAAACGCGCUUUUGGAAAAUACCGUGUUGUAUUGCCACACAUCUUAGAAUAGUAGGUGGACGUCGCAGUUGUGGAGCAGCGCUGUGUCAUUUCACGCCGGCGGGUGCUCAUUUCUGCUGCCCGGUUCUAGCUGACAAGACGCCAUGGCUAAGCAUCACCCCGACUUGAUUAUGUGCAUGAAGCAGCCUGGCGUUGCUAUCGGUCGCCUGUGCGAAAAAUGUGACGGCAAGUGCCCAAUCUGCGAUUCGUACGUGCGGCCUUGCACGCUGGUGCGCGUCUGCGACGAAUGUAAUUACGGAUCUUACGAAGGCCGGUGUGUCAUUUGCGGCGGGAUAGGUAUCUCAGAUGCCUACUACUGCAAGGAAUGUACCUUGCAAGAAAAAGACCGAGACGGCUGCCCCAAAAUCAUCAACCUUGGCUCGGCCAAAACAGACUUAUUCUACGAGCGGAAAAAGUACGGCUUUAAGAAACGGUAGCACCCGAGCCUUAAGGAUUGUUGUGACAGCCAUCCGCCAGCCCUCUCCCCCCGCCAGUGGCUCCCACCUGCCCUCUCAAGCUUUUAUUAGGGCCAAGUGUAACGCGCCCAGGCGGUGUCCCGUCGACUUCAGUCGGUUGGCGUGCUUGCUUGCCGUCUGGCGUGUUUGCUUAUCGAGACGGAAGGAUUGGGAUGUUGGUGGGACAAAGUUGGCUACGUGCUUACUGGGGUUGCCUCGGGGCUUGUUUGCACUUAAUUUCUAUCGGCAACGAUAGAGCCCUUUUACCGUAGAGGCAGGGCUGUCGGCGGCUAUCUGGGGUUGAUUAACGAAACCAGUUACAGAUUGCGGCGGCCAGCGGCCGUGAAGCCAUCGAAGCCUCUGGAUAAUGGAAACAGAGCAGCUCGUGGUGGUGGAGCCCAACAACGGGGACAACACGUUAAGUGUGAAUCUGCACGUGAAAUAUUUAUCUCAGAUUGGUCACUGGGGGGGGGCUUUAGGCGCACGAGUCGUGUGUUCGUUCAUAAGGGUUCGUGUGUGUCUUGGUGUUUAAGGGGAGGGGAAAAAGACAAGCGACGCAUACAGAUGUGGGGGAAGUUUCGGACGGCGUGAAGCGACCUGAACGUGUGAAGGAUUUCUCACUGAAAUGGGCGGUUCAGGCCAUUCGUAACCUUUUUAAAAAGCG